UAAACACAUUAACUUAUAACGUAUACACUGCGAAAUUGUUUGUGUAACUAUUUAAAGUUACACUAAUAAUAUUAAAUUAUCGUUAUGAAUUAAGACAUUGUUCCAAAUAAAGAUACUCCAAUCAUCCCAAUGACAUCGCAUAUUAAAAGAGUUUACGACUGGCUUUAAUUGAGUGAGACGCUGGAUCGCCAGCGACUGUUCCAAUCUCGAUUGCACCACUCGUGUCAGACAAGAUACGUUGUAGAUCAAUAUAACAAUCAAUAUGUCAACUUACAUCGCUGGAUUCAUAUUCGCAUUGAUCCUGUCGGCGUUUUUAAUCGCUUGGAUAGCGUAUUGUAUGUUUUGUAAGGAACGUCAUAAGUCGGAACAUUAUCAGUACAGCAUGUCAGAUUUACGCCGUAAGAAUUACGAGAUAGCUCAAGAACAGCAGGAAAGUAACACCAAGGAAGUCACUGCUGGUAUAUUCAUGGCGCCGUCUCGACAUAAGCAGAAAGAAGACUACACUUACGAUAAAAGACCUGAUUAUCCAGAGGGUACCGUCAUGAAUCUACAGCCGAGGACUGAUAAACUGAUAGAGAUAUUUAAUGAUACUCCACAGGAUGUAGAGAUGAGAAAAUGUGUUGAGUUCGAUAUCGACUCAAAAGUUCGAUACCAUAGUGAUGUAUAAAUGUAUUACGCAACAACUUGUUCGAUUACAAUAUAACGUUUUUAUUAUGUUUUAUUGUAUUAUGUUUCACUGUAUGUUAUUCUAAGGUAACUAAUUGAAAUAAAACUGUAUUAUUUUAUUAAAA